AUUUGCAUCAUUAUGGUGCAGUUGCCAGAAGUUUGUACAGUUGGAGACAUGAGCCAUUAACUCUGACGGGUGCGCUUUUCUUUUGGUCUGAGAAAGAUAUAUUGCUCCUGCUACCGUUUAUGCGAGCGGGCAAGCGUUGGAAGAUAAUGAUGUGGCGAACGCAAAUGCUGCACUCAACUGGAAUUUCACAGUCGACAACAACUUCACUUACUUGGUGCGUUUGCACUUCUGCGAGCUUCAGUACCAGCGGCUCUAUGAGCGGGUUUUCAUUAUUGAGAUAAACCGUGUAGCCAUUUACCAAUUUUUCGACAUCAUAGAAGAAGCCGGAGCUGCCUACACUCCCUUGUACAGAGACUUCAUGGUGCCCAUGAUCAAUACCUAUCCGAAAAUAAAUGUUAGGAUCGCCCCUGACCGUAGUAAUCCAAAUGCCAAGAAUGUUCUGUUGAAUGGUCUGGAGAUUUUCAAGGUUAACAACGCGAACUCCAGUCUUGCAGGUCCCAACCGUAUUAUAGAGCCAAACACUACCUCUGGUGGUACACAAACUACAAAUUCAAGCUCGAGCUCCAACUUAGGUGCCAUCAUCGGUGCGUCCAUCGGAGGCGUAGCCGCCGUUCUUGCGGCGGCUGCGUUGGUCAUCUUUUGUUGCUACAAGAAGAAGACCAAGUCUGACAAGCCUGGCGCACCAAGUCAUUGGCUCCCGCUGCCUCUGCACGGCAGCAGUACUGACCACAGCAAAGUGUCGACUAGUUCGGCGAAGAGUGGGAAGAGUGGUGCAGGAAGUUAUGUUUCUUCAGUUCCAUCCAACCUGGGCAGGUACUUCAGCUUCGCGGAGCUCCAAGAAGCCACGAACAACUUCGACGAGUCUUUGGUUUUGGGAGUGGGUGGAUUCGGCAAGGUGUACAAGGGUGAGACUGAUGAUGGGUCGAAAGUGGCGGUGAAGCGGGGAAACCCCAGGUCAGAGCAGGGUCUAAACGAGUUCCAAACCGAGAUAGAGCUUCUGUCGAAACUCCGACAUCGGCACCUGGUGUCACUGAUAGGGUACUGCGAGGAACACGGUGAGAUGAUUCUUGUAUAUGAUUACAUGGCCAACGGUCCGCUCAGGGGUCACCUGUAUGGAACAGACGAGGCUCCUCUGUCGUGGAAGCAGAGGCUGGAGAUUUGUAUCGGUGCAGCACGAGGAUUGCAUUACCUACACACCGGCGCGGCGCAAGGGAUCAUUCACAGGGAUGUGAAAACCACGAACAUCCUUCUGGACGAGAACUUCGUUGCCAAGGUGGCUGACUUCGGGUUGUCGAAAAUCGGGCCCGCGAAUGAAGUCACGCACGUGAGCACAGCCGUGAAGGGCAGCUUCGGGUACCUGGAUCCCGAGUAUUUCCGCAGACAGCAGCUGACGGAGAAGUCAGACGUGUACUCCUUCGGUGUCGUUCUCAUGGAGGUGCUGAGUGCACGACCGGCAAUCAAUCCGGCCCUUCCUCGAGAGGAGGUGAACUUGGCAGACUGGGCAAUCAAGUACUACAAAGCUGGCAUGCUGGAUCAGAUCGUGGAUGAGAAGCUGCGGGAUACAAUCAACCCCGACUCGUUGAAAACAUUCGGCGACACCGUCGAGAAAUGUCUGCAGGAGCAAGGUAUCGAUCGACCUUCCAUGGGUGACGUCCUGUGGAAUUUGGAGUACGCCUUGCAACUACAUGAAGCAUCUGUGAAGGGCGCCAUGUCCAGCCUUGAUCAAGAAAACUUCAGCACCGACUCUGAUAACAGCCACAUGAUCUCCGUGCCGCUGGUUGUGCCCAACCUUUUCGAUGACUCGUUGACGAUGCACAUAGAACGAAGAAUGCUGGAGGAGACCUCCUCUGAAGACCAAUCGGCGAGCGCCACAUUCUCUCAGUUAAUCGACCCUCAAGGUAGGUAAAGCACAGACGAUAGGUAGUUGAUAAACCACAAGAUGAAGGAGGCGGCGAGUAUCCAGGAAGGGAUCGUCUCACUGCUAUAGAUCGAACAAAUGUAGUUGUAGUUGAUGUGGUUUUUCACAUAAAAAAAUAAUAUUUAUGUUUCGCUUCAUUUGGCUAACUUCGAGUUUGAUUGGCAUUGCGCGAGGUCAUCUGGAGUUUGGGUAGUUCUGGGUUUAUCAACAAAAGUCUGUUGGCUUUGUUUGUGUUGUGGACACGUUGUAAUCCGCUUCGUUUGUAAUAUGUGUGUGAGGUGUACAUUACGAAGUUUGUCACGAAAGUUAAGGUGGUUUCACUGAUUCGAUUCAACGUAGGCGAAGUAGUCAAGAAUCUGUUGGCACAGCAGGGUCCAAUGACUGAGCGCUGGACGGUUGUCAAUCUCGUGCACCAUCUUGUGAAGUAAAAUACAGGUGUGUGAUAUUUUCCGGAUUGCGCGGGGGCUUGGAAAUGACUGUAGCAGGUUGUGUUUAUUGUUGGCUUUGGGAGCUGCUCGUCGGCCGAAGACAGAAUACGGGGCAUUUUGAUCGCUCCAAAAGGAAGCAUCGAAGGGAAGGGCAUUGCUGCAACGACGUAAGUCUCUGGAUUAUCAGAUUCCACAAACACACCUGAUGAAGUCACAGACGACGCUGGCAUUCUUGUUGGACAUGGAUUCUGUAUCCUGUUUCAGUCGCUCCUUCCUUUACAGGAGUACAAUAUACACACUCAUUAUUACUCAAUUAAUAACAAGUAUCAAACAAUUCUCUAA